ACUUGGAUCGAAAAUCUCCACUAGUAUGCUUGAAUCUAGAAAUUGCAUCUUUUGAGUGUUCGUUGAAAAUCAUGAAAUAUCCAUAACUCGUCACGAACUACGUCAAAGUCUUGCCCGAGAUCCCUGAAUUCUUCCACAGAGACGGGGGAAAGUCAACAUCAAGGUGGGCUUGGAAAUAAUUCUAAAGUUCAUCCCCAAGGUCUCCAAAUAAACGCAAAUGCCACGAGUGCAAGCGAGAAAGUCGUUCCAGAUCUCGGCGUUGCACUCGAAACGAUAUUCCGAUCCAAUCAGUCUUUCACCUCAAACUAAGCAUGUCUGCCAUCCAAGAACAGAAGCCUUUGACCGAUUAUUGGUCCAAAGUGGCCCAAGAGGAUCAGAAUAUCACGAGUAAGUCCACAAGUUUCGAAUCCACGCCGUUUUCCAUUCAAGAUUUGGCAUCGCAAUAUCUCUCCAACGCGGGCAAGUCCAAAGUGGCUAAGAGCUCCUUGCCAGUGACUCAUUCGAAUGUCCAAGGGAAAUCGGGGUUUUGGAGCCAGGUCACGGAUGAGACCCGUUCCAAUGCUGCCAAGAGUCUUUCAGCCCCCAGUCGAAAUGUAGCGAAAAUCGAUGGGAGGAUUGAGUAUUUUGAGAAAACCGACGAUGAAGAGCUAUUGAAAAAACGUCUGGAUCGACAUCUGGACAAACAAGUUGCCUUGGAUAGAAUCUCCGAAAUGUCCAAUUUCUGGAAAGAUGCCACGCAGAAUGCAGAUUGUCCAAAGUCUCAAUCUCAGAUACCCAGCAAUAACCCCGGAUGGUUGGAUAAAUAUAACAGACGAUUAAAUGAGACUCUUUUAAGAGAGAAGAAAGAUUAUUGGCAAAAUCAAGUUCGAGACGAGGAGCUCAUGCGUGCCCAAGAUCUGAUCCGACCUUUGAACAAGUCAGGCAAGGCCAAGGAGAAGAUCUGGCAGAACACAAUCAAGGAGUCCCAACCAAUUAGAAAGAUCAGCUGGAGAUCGCCACAAGAGAGUGGUAAAACCAGUGUGGAAGUCCUUUGUGAAACCAUUCAUCGCGUUGGAGAACAAUAUGAGGAUGGAACCGCCUCAAUUGCUUAUGAGGAGUUGUUGCAAAGGAGCGAUCAGCCCAAUUUAACUGGAACGCUCACUAAAGCCAAAAAGUUUGGAUUGGUCUACUUCGAUGGGGAGCUUUUCAACACUAAGGCACGUGAUGGACCCUUGGACCAGAACUACAUUGUCCUUCAAGUUCCUAUUCAUGAGAUUGGGGAAGCCUUUGCCAAAAUGCGUUCCAGACACGUGGAUUCUGGAGAGGAUGAAGAAAUUGACGGGGAAGACAUGAAGCCGAAGAAAAAGGUCACGUUUCUGUGAGACGUGGACGUUAUAACAUGAAUGUUUAUUAAAUAUUUUUUACAAGCAA